AACAUCCUCAUGUUCUCCAAUGGUUCUCACUACACUGAUGUUGUUGUGUCCAAGACAAUGACCACCAUCUCACCAUUGUUUCAGUUCCACAGCACAGCUGUGAUGAAUUUUACUACCACAGACAGCAUUUUUUGUGCAUACCCUGGCUUGGCCCUACACAAGUGUGCACUGAUUAAUGCA